CUGGAAACUAUCACCGCCAUGUUUUAUCACCAAAACAUUCCCUUUUGAAUAGGUUUGAAAUAUUUCAUUUGAAGUGAUUUUAUUGAAUAACACCUUAUUGUCUUUGAUCUGGACUAAGGGAAACUAUCGAUAAGCAUGUAGUGAAUAAAAAUAUGAACACAACCUGGAGAAAAAAAUGCAUUACAACCAGAAAAACAACUGUAAGUGCUCGCUCUAAACAAGUGCCACAUUUUUAUUCACAUGAUCAGAUAUAGGCAAGUGGAUCAAAAGGAUAUCGGCAUUUGCAUGAAGAUUACUUAGUUCUUGUAACUAAAAUCUACAAUUGAACAUUUGAAGAAGUCAUUGUCAGAUUUACAGACAACAGUGUGCACAUCCAUCCAUGACUUUCACCUACUGAUAAGGUUGCGGAGCGGAUGCACUAAUACUACCUCCUUGCGACACCUUUGUCCAUCAGGUUAUUGGCUAGAGACGCAAGUAACAAUGCACUGUAAGCAUGGGGUUUUAUUGAAGGUCCAUAUGGGAUAUUACUUAUGACAAUGUGUGUUUUUACAGAAGUGACAACAGAAUAGUCAGUUGUGUACAAGAUGAAUGCAUGCAUCGUUUGUGUUGCACUUUUGUGCACUUUUGCACUAACGUUUUGUACAGCCGUUCCCAUGAGUAAUCAGCCAAUCGUUUCGUUAGAUUACAAUGUCGAACAUCCAAAUUAUACAAUUAAUGGAUAUCAAUCUGCAUUUUGGGAGGAUGACAUAACACUGACCCUUGAGGCACAUAUUGAUGUUAACACUAUAUUAGAUGAUCCAGCGCAUUUAACAUUGAUCAUAAUGGUACCACAUAAGGAAAUCAAUACAACAGCAACAAGGAACGUAUGGACAUAUGUCAAUGAGUCUGGAUUGUACAAUGAAUCUGGAUGGUUCAAUCAUACUAAAACAGGAUGGUACAAUGAGUCUGGCUUCUACAAUGAAUCAGGAUGGUUUGAUCAUUCAGAAUCAGGAUGGUACAAUGAAUCUGGAUUUGACAAUGAAUUUGGAUCAGGAUGGUACAAUGAAUCAGGGUGGUACAAUUAUACAGAACCGUACAAUGUCACAGAAACAAAGUUCUACAUUAUGGAAAACCUCCUAAAUAGUACCAUAGAACAGAGUGAUUUUUACUACGAUAUGAAUGAAUUCCAAGUUGGAUCAAUGCAUGUUGACACAAGUCCACUGUUUGAAUAUCCAUAUGGCUCUCAUAUCUUUGUACAUUUUAAUGAUAUUGUAUAUACUGGCCUUGAAGUCCCACCAAAUGCACCUGAGAAUGAAAAAUAUGCAACACUAUUGACUGAAUUCACAUUCUCUUUCAAACACUGGGAAAGUGAUAUCGGUGAUCAAGCUUGGUCUACUGAAGUCCCGACCAAUGCUCUGUUGGUUAACCUGACGGCUGAUGCAGUUUUACAUAAUAUUUCAUUCUCAGGAAGUAAUGAUACUGAAGAUGGUGUCGAUCUUUGGAGACCGUUCAAUGGUUCUAGUGAUGAACCCAUGUAUAACAUGACUGAUGUUUGGGGAUUCGAUACUGCAGACCUUAACAUCCUACUCUCGAGACCAUCGUUGUAUAUGCAUGAGACAAACAACAAGUCUGUGAACCUAGAGGUAGGAGAUGUUGUCCGUGUGGUCUUCAAAUUGGAAAGGAAUGCUGCACUUGAUGACGGCAGCGAUAUUCUCAAUCUGGAGUGUGAAUACUUCCUAGUUGACGGAACAACAAAACUGCCUUCUGGAAAUGAGAUAUCGAUAUUACCUGACCACGUUGCAACACUUUAUAGCAACACUGGUGUGCAAACUAGUCUGACCACAUCUGUACAGGGUGAUCCCUUCAAGACCAUUACAUUCUCAAUGGAUACUUUGGGUAGAGCAUUAACCAGCACUGACAACAGAAUUGAGCUAGAGAUGCUAGUACAGAUGGAGAAUAACAUGAAGUUGUCAUAUUAUGAUUAUGCGAUUGUUGCACAAUGCAGCGGGAAUCCUGUAAAUAAACCUGAUGAAGUUUUGUUUAUGAAUGAACAAUUGCAUUUACAAACUAUUGGCCUCCCUGCUGACUCCCUGCAACUGAACAGUAGCCUAGGAGGUAACCAGGGUAUCGGGGAGGUUGUCACCGUAGAAACCAGAAUCAACAUGCCAUUUGGAAUGUUGAGUGACUUUAGCAUCGAUAUAGAAUUUAAAUCUGAUAUAAGCCCAGUGCCUAUAUCGAUGUUAUCAGGUCAGCUAGAUGCUCCUAGUUACAUAGUGAUGUCCAACCCUAACAAAAAAGACAUUACUGGAGGUGGUUUUGAAGAAAUUUCCUCAAGGAAACGUCGUGCAGUAGCCCUAAACAAUGGAUACACAUUGAAAAAUUGGUAUAUCGGUGAAAUUACAAACCCAAAGUCCAGUGGAAAUAAUGCAGCACCACUCAAAUUUACAGUGAGCUAUGUGAUUCCCCACACAUAUAGUGGAAAUGAUGGGGGCAUUCAAGUCUCUGGUAUCGCCAAGCUCCCGUCAGGACCCGUCAUAUUUGCCUCUGGUAACAGCACAUUUGGCACGCCACAAUUGGAGAUCUUCAAAACAAUGCAGGUGGUUGACAAUACAACCGUUCCACAUACAGUUCGCUUCAAUGUGACUGUAUCCCACGCGGCAACCACCACAGCACCCGCCUAUGACAUCACAAUUUACGAUGCUGCAGAUGAAUUUGACAUAUUUUUCUAUAAAGACUUCCAGCCAGGCCUGGGGACCCCUGGGCUGAGAAUCACUAACAAAGACAAAGCCAUCGCCUAUGAGCUUACUAAACUUGAUGUUGGAGCGGAAAUGUUUCUAUCAUAUGAAGCCAUACCUAGUGGGGAUGGCAGGGACCUGGUGGAAUUCGUGAAGUACUACAAUGCAUCAUUCGUAUUCAGGAGUGCCAAACCAAGCACUUAUGGGAAUGGAAAUGUAUACACUCCUUCCCUGAAAGGGCCACUGAUUAGUCCUGUAUGUGUCAACACUACGAUGAAUGAACUCUCAAAUUUGUUCCUGAACCAUGGCUUCACUGCGCUCUUGAUUUGUGUUGGUGUUCUGGUUGGAUUUGUUUUGACAAUUGUUGUCAUAGUGAUCAUCAUGAGGUUCAUGAAACAAGGACUAUUUGCUGAUGUCAGACCAGCCUCUGCCAUAGAUAACCGAGUGAGACAGGCUGGAGGUAGGGGUCUAAUCAUGGAUCCUGAGGCCCUUGGUAAAGGGGGGUACACCAUCCAAAGUGGGGGCAUGGUUGGUGCAGCAGAUAGUAUUAUCAUUAUUAUCACUAUGAAAGACAAGCUACAAUGCCAGCGGGAAUUAGAUAAUCUUGACAUUCAAGAGACCAUAGAAAUUGACCAAGAUAUAGAGAAAGAGCGCAACAAUGCUACGAAGGAAGCCACCGUCCUGUUGGUCCAAAGUAUGCGUCAAAACAAUGACAUAACCAAGCAGACGGAAGAUAAAUGCCUCAACAAUUUCCAGAAAGUCGUCAAAGAUCUGGAGAAGAGAAUGGAAAGCGAAUAUAAGACUCAAAUCCAAGAUUCUAUCAAAUUGUACAGCAUAAAAAACAAGGAGAGGAUGACAGAGUUGCUGUUGAAGCAGGAGAAAGAGCUGAAGGGACUCAGGUACAAUGCUACAAGUGCCCAAAUGGAUGAGAAGGAACUGAUGGAGCUGACAGUUCUCAUACAACAACAGCAUGAAACAGAGCAGAAUGAACUGAAGUGCAGACUGAAACUUGAACAGGAUGAAGAUCUGGAGAAACUCAGGAAGGAGCAUGUGAUAAGACACAGAAUGGCUCUGAAAGAAUCACAGCAACAACUUCUAAAAGAUGUUAUCGAUGACGGUAAACUGGUGGAAGAACAAGCUGAUUGGUUAAUAAAAGAGCACAUGAAAAACCAAAGUAACCUCGAGACUUUAUACGAUGAUGAGAUCUCUAAACAGAGGAUGGCCCUGGAGGAAAAAUUAGCAAGACGUCGGGCACUUGCUGCAAUACAUGAGCAGAAUGAUGAUAAUGAGAGUGAUCUGUUGAAUACACUGGCCUCACAGCAACUCAAGACUAUACAGAAAGCAAAAAAAGAGAGCAGUAUCACUCAGGAAGAAGCUGAGCGCCUCAUGGAACAAGUGAAGGAUGACAUGAUGAAGGCAAAGGAAGGUCAUGAUAAAGAACGCGAAAAACAGGAGGCAGCUUUACAAAAGACACUCACUGAACGCAAGAAAAAGCGCAUGAAUGACUUGAAAAAGCAGCACCAACUAGAGAGAGAUAAUUUCCAGAGAGAACACAAGAACACAAGCUCCAUUGGAACAGACACCAUAGAUCUAAUAGUGAAGAAGCAGCAAAUGUUCUCGUGCCAGCGUGCAGAGAUGAAUGACCUUGAGAAUACGAUAGAUACAGAACAAGCAGAAGACCUCUCCAAGGUCAAUAAAACCAUUACUAAGGACACAGAAGACAAUCUCAAAGACACUAGAGGACAAUUACUAGAUAAAUUAAAAAAAGAAGGAGUGAGUCAGGAUCAGUUGAAGAAGAUCCUUGCCAAACAUGAGAAAGAAGUGACAGCUCUGAAGGUUGCUCAAGAAGAAGAGAAGAAUCAGCAAGAGAUCAACUUCCGAAAAAAACUUGCCAAACAACGUAAAGCGUGGAGUGAGCGCAAAGAACAAGAGAGAUUAGAUCAGGAGAGACUCAGGGAGCAUGAGGAACAUGUUGUACAUAAAUUGAUAGCUAGUCAGUCAGCGAUGUCUGAGGAGGAGCGAGAGAGGAUCUUAAAGGAACAUGAGAAGCAGAUGGUGAAACUUGAGAACAGCCUCACACUCAAUAAACUACAGCAAAAGAGGAAAUUUGAGGAGAAAUUAGCUCAAAAACGUGAGGCACAUAUGCAGAAACUUGAGAAAAAACAGAAUCUGGAGAAAAAGAAACAGGAAAAGUCUCAGGCCAAAGAUUCAGAUGCUGAAGAAGAUGAAAAGCAUACUGCCCAAAUAGAGUUGAUGAAGAAGCAUGCUAAACAGAAGAUUGCUGUUCUUGAAGGAGAGAAACUCAAACUAGAUGAUGAACUGGAGGAGAUCCGGGUUGAGAUGAUGCAGGAGCGUGCUAUGGCCUUGAAGUCCCAGGAAGAACGAUUAGGUGCCCUAAUGGCCACUCUUCAAAUGGAAAAAGCGAAGGAGAUGGUUAAGAUAGAAGAACAACAGAAGGCUAUACAUAACCUCAAGUCUAAUCUAAUGGAUGACCUGAAUGAGAGAGGUGUCUUGUCCGACCCAGAAUGCCAAAGAGUAAUUGAGACUCACCAGAAAAACCAGGAAGUGUUACAAGAGAAACUGGAGGCACAGAGACUCAAACAAGAGAAGUUGCUGAGAAAGAGGAUGUCCGAGCGCCUGAUGUCCAGGGAGGCCACAAUGGUUCAGACGCAAGAGAGAGAACUUUCCAACCUUUUAGACUCAUGUAGGAGCAAAUCUGCAGCCAGAAUCAAGCGUGCCAUGCUGGUACAUAAACAUACACUGCAGAUGGAGCAAUUUAGGAACCGCAUGGAGAAGGAAUUGAGUCAGACAGUAGAGGACAUGAGGAGACAGAACAAAGCACGACGCCUACAGGUCAUGCAAGAACAGGAAAUGCAAUUCAUGUCUGGUUUGAUCCGACUAGGCAAACUAAAAGUUGGUGAACUUCUGAAUGUGCUAGGAAUGCUGUUUCCCCGUAAGUCUGGGGAGGAGUUAGAUGAAAUGAUCAGAGUCCUCUUUGAUGGAGAUGCUCCACCUCCUGAGGACAAUGACACCAUAGACAGUGAGACUGACAUGCUAAACCAAAGCACACUUGGUGAUAGAAUAAGAGCUGUGAAACUCUCAGAAGCCAAAUCAACACCCAACUCAUCUAGACGCAGUAGUUUGAAUGAUUAUGUGAUGGACCUGGAUGACCUGAGGCCAAUGUCUCGCAAAGGGCGAGCUCUGAAACAGUUGACAUUAUGGGAUAGAGAGGAUAAGCAUAAAAAGAAGAAGAAAGGCCAUGCACUUGCUUCAUUGAAAUCUAAACAGUACAAUAAUGAUGAAGAUGCCUUUGAUGCUACUAAGGGGUCUUCACUACCUCCUCUAGGCUAUAAGAAACUUUCAGAAAGACCAGAUCCACUUGGUCGUAGUGAGACCCCUGAGGACUAUGACGAUGACAAUGGCGCUCCAAGGAGACUUCGACCAAUCAGUGGCAAGAAGAAAAAGAAGAAGGUAACAGAACUCUGAGGAGUUUCGAGGAAAUGUAGUCAUAAUAAUCUACCUUGUUAAUUAUAGUGCAUUGUCUCUGGAAAAAUAGCAUAAUAACAGCCCAUGGUCCAUCUUAAAGAGAGACAUAAUGAUCUACAAAAUACAAUGAAAUGGCUGGGAACAUAUUAUUGUUGAUAUAUAGUAUAAGUAACUAAAAAUGUACAUGAAUUGAUAGUGAUAGUAAUGAAAUUUAAUUUCCUUACUAACAAUGCAGUUCUGGAAGGAUUAAUGUUACAGUUAACAGAUAAAACCCGCAUGGCUGCCAACUGCAUGCCAUAUUGAACUGUUCUAGUACUAGGCACCACCUGUAUCUGAGAUACAACCAUUGUGCAAAAUACUUUUGAACUGUGAUUUAGUAAAGGAUAGUAAGAAUUGGGCAUGUUGUCUCUUAACAUAAAUAUUGUGAGAAAGGUUUUUAACAAUUUUCCUCUGAGAUGGAUGUGCAUAGUAUAUUUAGAAUAUAAUACUCAGAGUUUUAUGUUAUCCUGAAUGUCGAUAAUGAUGUUUUUAUAAAUGCACAUUUUAUAGACCAAUUGUAUUGUAAAUAAGGUCAUUAGACCUAAACAUGCCUUGUAGGGCAUGUAUGUUGACAAUCUGUGAUAUCUUAUAACUUACCACUUAUAACUUAAACCACAGGGUACCCCAAAAAGUUGGUCACACGUAUUCUAAAUGAAAACAACAAAUCGCAUCAAUGUGAAAAUAUGGGAACUGUUCAUGCAUUAACUAUAACACAUCUUUCCCAAUGAGUCUAUCAUGGAUGGAAAAAGUUAUUUUGGAAUAUUCUGGCCCACUGUUUGUCAGUUACCCACGAUUAUAUUUUGUUAAUGUGGUAUUUAAGUCAGAAAAGAUAAUGUGGUAUUAUAGU